AGUAGUGCAGAUUGUGUACAAGGCUGUAGCUUAUGAGCGAUAGGGAGGAACAGCCAUCGGACGACCGGAUCUUGCGAUCGGCAAGGCGCCCAGUAUCCCACUUGGCAUUAGGACCAGAGGGCGACAGACAUUUGUUCCGCCAGCUUAGGGAGAGGCAGCAGCGGAGGGCUAGAGCAGCAGAGGCUAGCAGGGCACUUGUGAGUGAAGUCGCAGCUUCAGAAGCCAUGGCCACCGCAGCGCAGCAGUCUACUCAGGCCGGUAGUUCAGGGUCUGUUGGGUCAACGGUUGCGCAGACCCAGAGUCAGUUCACUGGCGUCAUGGCGAGCCAGUCACUAGUGUUAACUCCCGAUGAGAUCGCCAUACAACAAGCAUCAUUGCAGGAGGUACAACUACAGAAGGCGUUAGGAGAAAUAAAAGCGCAGAAAGAUAGAAUGAUUAGAAGAAGAGCCAGGAUGCAACGUAGAGAAGCGGACGUUAGUGAGUUAGAGGAGAUGGACCUGACGAACGUGCCUGAUGAUAUGAGACUCGUACGGUCUGUCCUGCUGAAUGUAGUUGGGAUGCAGGACCAUCACACAACCAUCCUUCAGGACAUCCAGCAAAGUCUGGCCCUGUUGGUUGGGCGUGCGCAGGCAACAUCGCCAAUGUCCGGGCUUGGUGCCUGGCCCGUUGCACAUCCUCUUCCUUAUGUCCCACCGGUGACUGGGGUAUCCCCAUAUGUAGCUCCAUCAUCGGUUGCGAUCGUUUCCCUGGGCAUGUCGUUGUCAGGAGGGGUAUCAGCAGGGACUAGUUUGCAGGUUCCUGUUCAAACAAUGUUCACUCAAACUCCGUUGCAGGUUGCAGUCACCACGCAGCCCGCUGUCUCGCAGCCUGUGCAGCCGCAGGGCACGCAGCCCCAGCCGCUAGCACAGCAACCUGUGUCACAGGGUCCACAGCCCGCCGUGAUGCAGGGACCGGGACAAACGCAGUGGGUUCCAAAAGGCGGUCAUCGCCGCUCCCAAACCUUUCACAGGGGAUAAGAGGGGCGAAGACCUCGACACGUGGUUGAGGGCAGUGUCAGUCUACGUCAGGUGUAAAUUUACCUUGUCGCACGAAGAAGUGCUUGUGGCUGCUUCCUACCUAGAGGGUAGCGCAGCAAGAUGGUUGAGCGGUUUAGUGCAGCUCCAGGGGUAUGGUCAUAACUUCCGCGCUUGGGCGGUCACCCAGAAAUUGGAGGACUUCUUGAAGAUAGUGGAGGACAGGUGGCACGAUCCUCAGGAGGCCCAAAAGGCCACUGAUGCGAUCAUGACACUGCACACGCGGCAGUUCAAGUCAGUAAGGGAAGCCACCGACGCCUUUUCCAGCAACCCCCCUUGUUUAGAUCCUUUAAGCCCUUUGAACCCUUUUACACUCUUCAAGCCUUACAUCUUCUCAAUAUCCAUUCAUCCCAUAUCAUACAGCAUUGGGGCCCCACCAAGCACGGAGCUGCAAACAAAGAACAUCUGAAUCU